GUCCGAUGCACCUCUUAUCUGUCAAUUACCACAAUCAUUUUGAAGUAUAUAAACAGGCAUACAUACCUCCUUCGUUUUUAUUCCACCUUCCUCUUCUUUCCUACUCUUGAUCCUCUCAUCAAUCUCACCCGGUAUCACCUCUCCACUCUGUAUCCAACACUCAAACAUUUGCCAACAAUGCCGACACCUUCUACCACACUCAGUGGCCUUCCGGCCGAGAUGCUCGAUCAUAUCAUGGACAACUGAGAUAUGGAAUCAAAGGCCAACCUAAGACCCGUCUCGAAACGAUUCCGCGCUCAUGUCGACAGUCGAACGAAACGUCUACAGAAAUACAUCAACGAACAUAUUCCGGACAACGCUAUCUUUUGCGUUGUGUUCUGCCAUGAACUGGAGAAAGUACGGAAGCGCCUCGGCCAAUCUAACCCACCUGAUGACCUAUAUCGACAUUUUAUCGAGAAGUUCGAGCAAUUCGUUCCACCUAAUGUCGAACAGUACAUUCGACCUGGGUGGGUUGCGCAUGCAUUUCCUGGGGUCAUUUCUGAGGUCGGGGAAGACAUUCCACCCGGCCUAUGGGAAGUACCUGGCCCUCUCGCUCCUUUGUCGCCGGAACAAGUGAAGACUCUCCGAGGAAUGCUUCCGACAGACGCUCUCGAACUGGAAGCAAUCAAGGCGCGUUUAGACAACAUCAACGAGCUCAUCGAUUCGCGCUGUUGGGAGUUGAAGGAGGGGUUCGGAAAAGAUAAAUUCAACAACCGUUGUCGCGAGUUUUUUUGGUAGUUGGCCCUAUGGACAGAAUGGGCAAGAAAACCGGAAUAUGGCUUCGGCACUCAUUAGCCCAGCUUUCCGAACGCGCGUGUAAAUCCAAAGAGGGUCCUUUCUCCCCAAAGGAGCGCGGUUUUUCCAGACAGAAAUCUACCGGGCCUUAAUUUGCAAGUUCAGUCGUCUGGGGCAUGCAAUGAUAAAGUCUAGGGGGGAGAAUUGCAAUGGCCAAGCCGCACUUUGCAGGGCGAGU